GUGUCUUGUCAAUUGUUAUCGCUAUACUCGUGUCACGCGUCGUGUUUGUGAGUUUGCCCGCGUCUCAACUCGUCUCAAGAGGAUGAAGCUCUUAAAAACCCAGGCAUUUCUCUCUUCUUCAAGUCAUGAACAGACGUAGACUUCAUCGGUCAAUKUUUCGCCUGUUCGCGUCGUUUUGUUCACUUUCGUUGUUUUGCUCGUUUUAUGUUUUUUACGGGAAUAUUCGCAUAGCUAACGACCUCACUGAAGUCACCAAUUAUGAAAACAACAGGAAUAGAAACAGGCGGCAUGCAAGGCGUUUUUCCAGUGAAACAUUCGAGGAAAAUGCUCCUGUUGUUCAGGGAAACAUCAGGGAUACGUCAAAAGACAAACGGMGAGCUUUACAAGAGUUUUUUGAGCUGAAAAUUGYCGACAAAGAUGUCAAAGUCACGCAAAUAACACAAGGUUAUUUCGGUUGUCCAGAAAUCCGUAAUACAAGGAUCUUCGAUGAAGUUGGCCAUGGAUAUACUAAGUCCGUUCAGAAAGGUCUUAUAGCUGGGAAAUACGUAGCUGUGAAAAGCGUUGCGGAAAGUAGUAAAGAUUUUCAGCAUUGUUUGACCAAUGGACGUAACUACACUCGAUCUCACUGCUUCAACCUAGUCAAAUACAAGCUCGCCAAAGAGAUCAUUUUGCUUCAACAAUUGAAGCACCAAAAUAUAAUCAAGCUGCUUGGAUUUUGUUGGCAAAAUGAAGUAAAUUCAAACAACAUCAAAGAACGAGGGCUUUCCAUGAUUACAGAACUUGGUGAACCUUUAAAUGUUUUACAACUUGUGCAGACUCCUUGGCAAGACCGCCUAAGGAUAUGUCUAGGACUGGCUCGAUUAAUAGCCUAUCUACAAGAUUCACCUAUAGGCUCUCUCAUCAUUAGAGACUUCAGACAUCACCAGUUUGUGCUUGUCGGCGGUGAGAUCAAAUUAACAGACCUGGAUGACGUCGACAACGAACAAAAACCUUGUACUACGGAUGCGCAAUGCAUUGUGGGGACAAAAAGUUUGAACUGGACGUUACCGUGCGUCAGCGGUUACUGCGUGGAUUAUAAUUCUGYUUAUAAUUUUAUUAAUAUAUUCCGUUAUUUUGUACAACAUAUUCUUGUCCCUGAGUCACCUCAAAGGUUAACGGGACAACUUGUCGACAUAGUAAGUAAAGCACAGAACUUACAGAUUUCCAGCGAUAAACUUGUAGAAAUGUUGGAGAGAGUAGUUCAAAGGUUGAGGGAUGGCGACCAUAUUGAAUUUGACUCGCUUUCCAUACAUGAGUUYACCAUGAUCCCCGAGGCUGACUUCCCUGACUUGCACGACUACAACUGCGACGAUUCACGAACGCAAACGGCGUGUGAGUUGAACGUUUACAGUCUACGCGAAGCCAAGUACGUCUGYAGUCGAGAUAGUCAUUGUCUAGCGUUCGUAGUCACACGAGUGAAGACRUGGGUUGGUUAUACUAUUAUAUAUUUAAAGAGUAACACUACUGGAUUGCGUUACAACAAAAAUACUUCAGUGUUCCUCAAAGUCUUACGGUAGUUGCCAAGUCUCAWGCAAGAUGUCACGGAAAGUAAAGAAGUAAAAGUAAUAAAAUAUUUCUAUCAAGACGAGAAAAUAUAAUAUAAUUCAAAUGAUGUCAAAGAUAUUAUAUGGCCAAUCGGCCUUUAAAACGGCCGUCGUGUUUUAGAUUUUUCAUAUAUUUAAAAUGAGGCGACUUCAAAAGUAUCCAUUCGCAAUCCAUUUCCAUCCCCUUGAUGUUAAGAUGAAAUCUUGCAAUAUCUCCAUUCAUAGAGCGUAAAAGGAUAAUAAAGAGUAAGUUUUUGCUUAUAUUA